GAAGGGGGCUUCGGGCGGCGGGGGCGGAGGUGCGGCCUUCCUGCGCCGGGGCUGCCUCCCUGCAGCGGCCUCUCAAAUCCUUCCGAAAUCUGCUGGAAAAGCAGAACUCUGCGGACUGUGAAUCAAAGGGAAUACGUUGUCAUGGCGAAGUGGAUUCCCCUCUCCCGUGCUGUACCUGCUGGCGUGGCAAAGCGCUGUGACUAAAGAUAACUCCACGCGUUGAGGUCUUUGCUGCUGAAUGAGUGAAACCCGUUUUCCAAAUACAAUGCAUUGACUGUGCGAUGAAAGAAUGCAGCGCCUCGUUACCCAGCCCUUCCUCUUCGAAAAAAUGCUGAGAAGCGUGAGAGGAUUCGUCUGCCGUCCUCUGAAGCUGGACCAUGGGUACGCUCUCCACACGGCAGCCAAGGAUUGCUUGAGUUCCGUCGUCAGCCAGGACGCCCAGGUCCCAGCAGAAAAACCAAGAGCGAUUUUCUACACCAGCGAGAGCGACCCGGCCAAGCACACGGAACAGCACGAGGGUCGCCAUUACAGCAUUCCUCUUGAGGAGGUGAAGGUUGUUCUUCCACACGGGCUGCCCCACCGCUUCCAGCAGCAGAUUAAGACCUUCAACGAAGCCUGCGUGAUGGUGCGAAAACCUGCUCUAGAACUGUUCACCUACCUGAAGAACUCCAACUUCGCCCACCCCGUCGUCAGAUACGUGAUUUACGGUGAGAGAGGAACUGGGAAAACCAUGACCCUGUGCCACGUGGUUCACUUCUGCGCGCGGCAGGGCUGGCUGGUGCUGCACGUCCCGGAUGCUCAUCUUUGGGUGAAGAACUGCAAGGAGCUCAUGCAGUCCUCCUACAACAAGGAGCGGCUCGAUCAGCCUCUGCAGGCAUCCUCCUGGCUCAGGAACUUCCGAACCACCAACGAGCGUUUCCUAAAGGAGAUAAAAACACAACAGAAAUACGUGUGGGGCAAACGAGACAGCACUGAGCAGGGCAGGCCGCUGGCAGAAGUGGUGGAGCAGGGCUUAGCUCGGGUGAAGAACGCCAGCGACGUGGUAGGGGUGGUGCUGAAGGAGAUCAAGCAGCAGUGUCAGCCGGGUUCGUUCCGAGUUCUCGUGGCGGUGGAUGGAGUCAACGCGCUCUGGGGAAGGACGACGUUAAAGAAGGAAGACAAGAGCCCUGUUUCUCCAGAGGAGCUGACGCUGGUGCACAACCUAAGGAAGAUGAUGAAGAAUAAUUGGAGCGGCGGGGCCGUUGUGACGACGCUCAGCCAGACCGGUUCCCUCUUCAAGCCCAGCUCUGCCCAUCUGCCCCAUGAGCUGCUGGGAAAGGAGGGGUUCGAUGCGCUGGAUCCCUUUGUCCCCAUCCUCGUGCCCAACUACACAGAGCGUGAGUUCGAGAGUUGCUACCAAUACUACCUGCACUGCCGCUGGCUGCAGCACGAGAAGGCGCGCACGGAGGACGGCAAAGAAGAGCUGCGCUUCCUGAGCGGCCGCAACCCGUGGCAGCUGGAGCGGCUGUCGGCGCCGCUGUAGUCAAUAAAGGCUGCGCAGCACUGCA